AACGCUCGCUUCAACAACAAUGCAUGUACAGAAAUGACAUCCCACGCACCAGUAGAUGUGGGGAUCAAGACACUGUUCCAUGCGCUAUGGCCGUGCGCAGUGUACCUAUGCCUGUCACUGAGCAUGAACAUCUUUACCAAAACCAUCAUCACGACGUACAAGUGGAACUGCGUGUACUCGCUGGCGGCUAUCCAGCACCUCUUCACAGUCGUGACGCUUACAUCCGCGCACAAGCUCCGCGUGAUCACACUUCCAGCCAUGUCUGCCGCCUGCUUCUUUCAAACGGCUUUACCCAUGGCGGCACUGCAUUCCAUCAACAACAUCGUUGGCUUUGUGUGCAUGGGUCUCGUCAACAUGCCCAUGUACCUCGUCCUCCGUCGACUCACGACGUUCAAAGUCAUGCUCUUGGAAAUCAUGUGGCGCCACGAAGCCAUUCCUGAUGCCAUGAAAGCAUCCCUUCUACUUGCUGCAAUUGGUAGUGUCAUAGCUGGGUUCAACGAUGCCACCUACGAUGGCUACGGCUACGUCCUCGUGCUAGCGCAGAACUGCUGCACCGCCCUCAACUUAAUUCUGGCCAAACAGUCGACCCUCGCUCCUCUCACGCUAGUGUAUGUGCACAGUACCGUGGGCGUGGUUGUCUGCGGUCCGUUGGCUGUGUAUUUGGAGCGCGCUCAAGUAGCGCACUUCUUCUCAACGUUGGCCGACCCCAUGUCGUUCUGCGCCUUAUUUGCCGUCAUGAGCAUCGUGUGCUUGAUGUACCAAGUGGCUAUUCACGUGUGCACUGUUCGCACGUCUCCACUGGCUACGUCUGUAACUGGCAACAUCAAAGACUUGGCAUCUACCGGGGCUGGCUACGCCUUGUUUGCGGACGUAGUCGUGACGUGGCUUAAUGUGCUGGGCGUGGCCAUCUCGUUUAUGGGCGCGUAUGGGUUCUCGUAUGUCAAGUACCACAUGUUGUUUAAGCCUCAGUCAAGUGUGUUGGGCCCGUGGUGGCCUCGACGCUUCUCAGCCCAUAAACUGCAGCAUCUCGUGCUCUCGAAGCCCAAAGCAUUCUAAUCGAUACUAGUAAUCCUAGACCAGGUUGCAAUGCUGUACAUGUUCAACUGGUACUGUA